AUGACAAGUACCGAACUCAAAACGCCAGUCCAGCCAAGGCGAGUAGAGUUUGCGAAGCAGCCUCUAUCAAACGGAACUGAACUCGACCGACUGCCGCUGGUGGAAGCGCCCGAUAGCGCCGAGCGAGCGCCUUUCGCGACAGCCGUGGGUCCUGCUUCAACAGCGCGAACGUCGCUCGGUGUUGGUAUGCAACAUGGACAUGAUGCGAGCACUUUAGGGCUGAGCAGCUCGCGGACGCCCGCUCGUAACACAUCGAAUACGAGCGCAGCGGACUGGAGCGUCGAGGGAACACCCUCUGCUCCCGAAACGCGUUCGUGGCACCGGAACUGGGGCGGUUAUGGGCGCUUUCAGCGACAACGACUGUCUCCGCUAGAUAGCGGAUACUCCACAGGACCAAGUGUGCGCUCCGCAGGAGGACGCGCCCCGCCGAAUACGUCCUGGCUGGACACAGAGACUCCGGUAUCGAGUCGGCUGGGCGCAGGUGCAGAGACCACGGGACCAGCGCUAGCGCGUGGGUUGUUUACGCCCGGCCUGAGGACAACGCUGGAUGCCGAUCGCUCCUCGCCUUUGCAAGAGAGUGAGCUGGCGUGUUGGGUGACUGUUUUCGGAUUUGCACCCGGACAACAGUCCCAAGUUUUACGAGAACUGAGGUCUUUUGGACCGGUGCUCGAGCAUCGGCUUCGCAAGGGGAACUGGAUGCAUGUGCGGUAUGAGAGCCCGCUGCAGGCACAGGCUGCAUGUAGUCGUUCGAGUCGAUUACUGAACGACGUCACCAUGAUCGGCAUCGUACCGUGUACAGAACCCGAGACCAUUCUGCAUGAGUAUGCUCACAAGGCGUUAUCGGAUAGGGUGCAAAGCGCGCAGCGAGCGCCAGCGACGACCCUGCUCUCUCAAACGGCUUCUAGUAUGGAAUCUGGGCAAAAGUCGUGGAUCUCGGCACCAAAUCGCUCGCAGUAUCCAGAGACAGAACUUGGUACUGGAGACAAGCCAGCGCUGCCGCCCGCGCCCAAACGAAGUCUACUAGGUCGCCUUGUGGACACGAUGCUCAACUGGUGA